AUGCCUUCUGAUUUUGCAUUCAACGGAUCCGACAACAUCCUUGGCGAGUUCAGCCUGUCCGAGACGCUGAGGCGCGCGGGGAUAGACGGAUCUGGGGAUCAGGGACAUGUCUCGCGUGAGGCCGAGCUCCUCAAGGAAAAUGAGGAACUUCGCACCAAGAAUAGCGACCUCAUGAGGCGUUGCAAACAGCUCGAGAAAGCCGUAAAGGCUCUAUGCGAACGUCUUCACCGAGAAGCUGGGGCUGCCGAGCCGAAUUCUACCGCUGGCACCUCGGUCUCCACAUUGCCCGCUUCCCCAUUUGACUCCGUUAUUGCAAAACUCAAGCGCGACCUUCAGCUAUUCCAAGAGACGGGGCUCGAUAACGUGUCCGGCCUUCGGUACGAAGACAACGUCAGCGUCAUUCUUGACCUCGCCGACUACCCAGGCUUGGAAGGGACGUGGACCUCAAACAAGUUCAAACCCCAAGACGAGGCUAACAAAAGUGAGCGUACUCGAUGCAAGAGCACGGCCGACGGCUCUAAGGGGAAGAACGGCCCGGCUCGCAUAAGCCAGGACAUCAACGACACUCAUCUAUACAUCACAGGCAAAGACGGACAGCCCGUCAGCGGGACUCUGAUCGGUACCAUGCGGAAGGACGCUCGCGAGCUGUUCUAUGAGAUGGGCGCUCGUGUUCGCCUGCCUCAAACGUUUGGCGAGCUUCCCCUUACCGUCCGCAUGUUUACUUUCCGCUAUCUCUGCCAUCACUUUCCUGUCCUCCGCUUAUGCUACAGGAAUUGGAAGGCUCAACGCCUCUCGGAGAGCGCAUACAGCUGCAUGAUUUUGACCUACCAGACCCGGUAUGACAAAGGACAGGGGCUUGCAGAGGCAGAGAAGAAUGGGUCAGAGGAGGAAAGAGCAGCAAAGCGAGCUAGAAUUGAGUGCGCUUCUCCUGCUCCCACUGACGCUCGAGCCAAUUCGGUGGUUCCCGAGACGCCAUCUCACAUCUCAUCAUCGUCCUCCCCUUCGCUGGACGGAAUUGAGCGGCCUGCGUCGACGACAGAGGCGUCAUUGGCUGCCUCAUCUAUCGACACAAAUGAGCAGCCGACCUCUGCAUCAGAGGAGUUGUCAUCAACCUUCUCCGCAGACGCUGACAGGCAGUCCUCGUCUGCGACAGAAGAGUCGCAGUCCGAUUUUCCGUCCGACAUCAAUCAACCGCCAUCAAGCUGGCGUUUCCAGCGCCGACGUCUGGCCGACAAUUAUAUCAACUUAUCCGAGUCUAUCAAUCUACUGCCUUCGACCCAGCUCGCUCCCGUGGAUACCACAGACGGUCCAAGUACCCCCAUCACUGGCACCUCCUCGAGUCCUGCCGCGCCGUUAUCUGCUUCCAGCCCCGAAACUCCCUCAGAGCGUGCAGCUGACAGCGAGGCGCCGAACGUGCAGCCAGCCAAGCGCUCAGACGUGUCCGAGCAGCCCACGGAGACCAGUGCGAUAGUCGCCUCGACUGUGGAGAUGCCCGCGGCAGAGGAGAUCAAGGUGCAUACAAGCACCGGACAAGGUGGUGCACCGAUGGCUCCUCUGGCGGAGAGCUGCACCAUGCACAUGUACUACGCGAACUGGCCCCUCAAAGGGAAGGGGACCAAGUACGCGCUCUCUCGCGACUUCAAGAAACUCUCUGAGGAGGAGAAACUAGUCUACGAGAAGAAGUACAAGGAAGCCAAGGAGAUGAAAGUCGUUCCCGGAAAACGCAAGCGCAACACGACGUAA